AUGGUUCGAGUCUCAUCACUUUUCGUUUCGACGAUCCUCUGGUGUUUGAUGUUGGCACCUUCCCUUACUACAAGCGCAUCGUCUUCGAGCACCUUCAGCUGUUCCAACGACGACGUAUCGGCGCAACAGCAAGUCAAUUCCAAUGGAUGUGCUUGCUUCAGCGAACAGAUUGAACUACGAGAAGCCGUCAAUCAGUUCAUCAGCGAAGGUUGUUCUGACACCAACAAUUGCAACAACUGGGUCGUGCAAAAGUAUGGUUGGCCAAUGGGAUCCUGGUGUGUUUCUUCCGUCACCAACAUGUUUCAAUUGUUUUAUGGACGGUCUUUCUUCAAUGAUGACAUUUCAUCAUGGGAUGUUUCAUCCGUUUCUGUGAUGACAUACAUGUUCUACCAAGCCACAUCUUUCAAUCAAGACUUGUCAUCCUGGGACGUCUCUUCCGUCGUCAGCACAUCUUCAAUGUUCGAGGGCGCAUCAUCCUUUAAUCAAGAUUUGUCAUCCUGGAAUGUUUCGGCUGUCGGUCACAUGGGGAAAAUGUUCCAUCAGGCAUCAUCGUUCAAUGGAGACUUGUCAUUGUGGGACGUUUCCUCUGUCACGUAUAUGUACUGGAUGUUCUACGCGGCCACAUCUUUCAAUCAAGACUUGUCUUCAUGGGACGUUGCAUCCGUUACAGAUAUGGGAGCCAUGUUCCACUCUGCGUCAUCCUUCAAUCAAGAUUUAUCAGCGUGGGACGUCUCUUCUGUCAAGCAGAUGUACUGGAUGUUUCAAGAAGCGUCAUCCUUCCAUCAAGAUUUAUCAGCGUGGGAUGUUGCAUCCGCCACAGACAUGCAAUGCAUGUUCUACGGGGCACACUUGUUCAAUGGAGACUUGUCAUUAUGGGACGUCUCUUCUGUCAAGCAGAUGUACUGGAUGUUCCGAGACGCGCCAUCCUUCAAUCAAGAUUUAUCAGCGUGGGAUGUUGCAUCCGUUACAGAUAUGGCAUUCAUGUUCCACGAUGCGUCAUCCUUCAAUCAAGAUUUAUCAGCGUGGGACGUCUCUUCCGUUACAAACAUGCGACAGAUGUUCUCGUUUGCAUCUUCCUUCAAUGGAGACUUGUCAUUGUGGGACGUUUCUUCUGUCCUAGACAUGCAAUACAUGUUCAACGAGGCAUCAUCGUUCAACGGAGACUUGUCAUUGUGGGAUGUUGCAUCCGUUACAGAUAUGGCAUCCAUGUUCUACUCUUCGUCAUCCUUCAAUCAAGACUUGUCAGCGUGGGAUGUUUCAUCCGUUACAGAUAUGGCAGCCAUGUUCUACUCUGCGUCAUCCUUCAAUCAAGACUUGUCAUCAUGGGACGUCUCUUCUGUCGUCAAUACAUAUUCAAUGUUCGGUGGCGCAUCAUCCUUCAACCAAGAUUUGUCAUCAUGGGACAUCUCUUCCGUCACAGACAUGCAAUUCAUGUUCUACCGGGCAUCAUCGUUCAAUGGAGAUUUGUCAUCAUGGGACGUCUCUUCCGUCACAGACAUGGCCUUCAUGUUCUACGAGGCACCAUUGUUCAACGGAGACUUGUCAUUGUGGGAUGUUUCUUCUGUAUCUAAAAUGGGGUCCAUGUUCUCCUGUGCGUCAUCCUUCAAUGGAGAUUUGUCAUCCUGGAAUGUUUCUUCUGUCGUUAACACCAAGAAUAUGUUCGACGGGGCAUCAUCCUUCAAUCAAGACCUAUCAUCUUGGGAUGUUUCGUCCGUUACAAAUAUGGCAUUCAUGUUCAAAUUGGCCAUUUCCUUUGACCAAGACUUGUCACCCUGGAAUGUUUCGAAAGUCAAGUACUCGGAGGGAAUAUUUCAAGGAGCUGUUGCUCUCGAUGAAUGUAUCGUGUGCCAGUGGAGUGAUGCUUGGAAGAGACAUUUUAACUGCAUUGGAUGUGAAAGUCCAACCAGUGCCCCGCCAGCAAAUGCAACAUUAAGUCCAACCAAUGCCCCGUUCAGUUGUUCCAAGGACGACGUUUCGGCGCAACUACAAGUCAAUACCAAUGGAUGUGCUUGCUUCAGCGACGAUGCUGAACUACGAGAAGCCGUGGAUGAGUUCAUCAGGGACGGUUGUUCUGACACCAACAAUUGCAACAACUUUUUCGUGCAAAAGUAUGGUUGGCCAAUGGGAUCCUGGUGUGUUUCCUCCGUCACAGACAUGGCCUCAUUGUUUGAUAACGUAUCGGAGAUGGGUUAUUUGUUUAAUGGAUUAUUUGACUUCAAUGAUGACAUUUCAUCAUGGGACGUUUCUUCUGUGACUACAAUGAGGGGCAUGUUCUCAUCAGCAUUGGCUUUCAAUCAAGACUUGUCAUCAUGGAAUGUUUCUUCCGUCACAAACAUGAGAGAUAUGUUCCGAGGCGCGUCAUCCUUCAAUGGCGACAUUUCAUCAUGGGAUGUUUCAUCCGUUACAAAUAUGGAAUCCAUGUUCAUGUCGCUAUCAUCCUUCAAUCAAGACUUGUCAUCGUGGGAUGUCUCUUCUGUCACACAGAUGCAGAGGAUGUUCCGAGGCGCGUCAUCCUUCAAUCAAGAUUUAUCAGCGUGGGAUGUUUCAUCCGUUACAGAUAUGGCAGCCAUGUUCUACGAGGCACCAUUGUUCAACGGAGACUUGUCAUUGUGGGAUGUUUCGUCUGUAUCUAACAUGGGGUCUAUGUUCUCCAGUGCGUUAUCCUUCAAUGGAGAUUUGUCAUCCUGGAAUGUUUCUUCUGUCCUACGUAUGCAAUACAUGUUCAGCAAGGCAUUAGCGUUCAACGGAGACCUGUCAUUGUGGGAUGUUUCAUCUGUUACAAAUAUGGUAUCCAUGUUCUACCAGGCCACAUCUUUCAAUCAAGACUUGUCAUCAUGGAAUGUUUCGAAAGUCACGAGGGCGGAUAGAAUAUUUGAAGGAACUAUUGCUCUUGAUGAAUCCAUCGUGUGCCAGUGGAGUGAUGCUUGGAAAGGCCUUUUCAACUGCAUUGGAUAUCCAACCAAUGCUCCAGCAUCAAAUACACCAAUUCCAACAAUAAGUGGAAGCGCAAGUCCAACCAAUGUCCCGAUUUCAGAUACUACAUCACUUCCAACAAUAAGUGGAAGCGCAAGUCCAACCAAUGUCCUGAUUUCAGAUACUACAUCACUUCCAACAAUAAGUGGAAGCACAAGUCCAACCAAUGUCCCGAUAUCGGAUACUACACCAAUUCCAACAAUAAGUGGAAGCACAAGUCCAACCAAUGUCCCGAUUUCAGAUACUACAUCACUUCCAACAAUAAGUGGAAGCACAAGUUCAACCAAUGUCCCGAUUUCAGAUACUACAUCACUUCCAACAAUAAGUGGAAGCACAAGUUCAACCAAUGUCCCGAUAUCGGAUACUACACCACUUCCAACAAUAAGUGGAAGCACAAGUCCAACCAAUGUGCCAAUUUUGGAUACUACACCAAUUCCAACAAUAAGUGGAAGCACAAGUCCAACCAAUGUCCCAAUUUUGGAUACUGCAGCAAGUCCAACACCUUUGCGACCGGAAGAUUCAAGUGCAACGAAUUCGAAAUCUUUGUACAUGUUGUGA